AUGAGCAACAUGUCGACACAAUCCAACAUGGAGCGCCUGGAAGUCGAUCCGUCCGUAAGGUCGUCUGUUAGCCGCACUCGCUCAAGGUUUCGCCGUAUGUGGAAGACGGUAGACCGAGUAGACAAGACUAUUUCGUCUUCCACAUUUGGCCGUAUCUUCAGAUUGGGAGGGAGUGGUCAUCCUAAGGAGAUUCCCGAUUCAUCCUUUCUAAGGGAGGUUCGCGCAGGAGCCACCACAUUUGCGACUAUGGCAUACAUUAUCGCCGUGAAUGCUGUCAUCCUUUCGCAGACCGGCGGUAACUGUGUCUGCGACCUGGAAAACAGGGCCGAGUGCGACACCAUCGAGAGCUACAAGACCUGCAAAGAGGAUGUCCGACGCGAUUUGAUUACCGCGACCGCAGCUAUCGCUGGUCUCGCCAGCUUCGUCUUUGGCUUCUUCACCAACUUGCCAGUGGCCUUGGCCCCUGGCAUGGGACUCAAUGCCUACUUUGCCUUCCAAGUGGUUGGCCCCAAUGGAUCCGGGACCAUCCCUUACCAGGUCGCCUUGACGGCAGUGUUUAUCGAGGGUCUCAUCUUCAUCGUCCUCGCCCUUACUGGAAUGCGCCAGUGGCUCGUUAAACUCAUCCCAGCGACCAUUAAGACAGCGACUGGAGUCGGUAUUGGUUUCUUUUUGACGGAAAUUGGUCUUUCUUACUCGACCGGCAUCGGUGCCAUCACUGGAGGCUGGAAGGCCACUCCUCUCGCCAUCGCUGGAUGUCCUAUUGAGAUGAUUGAUCCAGUGACACAAAUGUGCAAGGGUGGUUUGAUGUCCAGUGCAAAGGUAGCUAGUCUUCAUUUUAUAUUUCGGGUUUUGCUAAUGACAACAGAUGUGGACUGCCAUCUUCGCCGGCGGUGUCGUGACGGCCUAUCUUAUGUCAUUCCGUGUCAAGUACGCUCUCAUAAUAGGCAUCGCCUUGGUUUCGAUCCUAUCAUGGCCGUAAGUUGCUUGCCCUGCGUUUGA